CGGGAACCUCGAGCGCCAGACUGUGCAGUGCCUAUCUGUCAGCUACAGUGUGUUAUCGCGAAUAUGAUUGAGCGUGGAGGAAAAAAUGUAUGAUUUUACAAACUGAGAUUUUCAAAUGAUUUACCGCGGACUUGGACUAAAACCUUACAUCUCAAAUUGUGCUUUGGACCCACGAGAGAAUACGGCAAGUUCUGGAUAGAACCAAGGAAAGGAAAAGGUCGGGAAGUUACGGAUCUUUGUUGUCCGGACAAGAGAGAGGGGCCCGAUUUCAGAGCAGCCAGUCUCGGGUGAAGUUAGCUAGCAAUCGCUACCAAGGAAGCCAGCAUCGUAAACCAGUUAGGAAGAGGAUAGUCCAGUUCUCUACAGGUUACGAGAUUACUCGUACAAUUAUUACCUUUAUGAAUGAGAGCUCUGGGAAACUGAUACAUAUAGGGUGUUCUGAUUGAAGCGCUAGCAGCCAGAGAAGUCGGUGGUUAAAUACCAAUUCUAAACGGUGUUGAGGUUGGAAGAUCAGGAUUUCUGCUCGCAGCUUGCUUUCAGCAGUGACGUUAUUUGGACCACCACUGGUACCCUGCCUAAUUCCUGUCCAAGGGAUGUUUUGGUUUUGAGCAGCACAUUGUACUUCCAACUCCUGCAAGCUGUUUAACCUGGAGGGACUUUUUUUUAUUCAUUGUGUCCACUAUUGCUACAUCAUUCAGACUUGCCAAGCUACAAUGGUGGUCAUGUGUUUUAACCAGUAGCAGCGCCUCAACCCCACCUAGACACACAACAGUGGGCUGGCCUUAGGGCUAAUCAAGGAUUCUGAACUGGAGGACCACACAGACUCUUGACUCCUCUAACUUCUCUGCUGGAAUAGACUAUACCUGUUUCCCCCUCUCUCAGCCCCCCCCCCCCCCCCCCCCCUUACCUGCCUCCCCCUUAGUCCCCCUCUGCCUCCAUCCUCUCCCCCUCCUCCCCCAGUGUGUGAGGGUACAGAUGUGAGGAAGGCAGGAUGGGUACCCAGGGCAGCCCGGUGAAGAGUUAUGACUACCUGUUGAAGUUUCUCCUGGUCGGGGACAGUGAUGUGGGGAAAGGGGAGAUACUAGACAGCCUACAGGAUGGAUCUGCAGAGUCCCCAUACGCUUACAGCAGCGGCAUCGACUACAAGACCACCACUAUUCUGCUGGAUGGGAGGAGAGUGAAACUGGAGCUGUGGGACACGUCAGGACAGGGAAGGUUCUGCACCAUCUUCAGGUCCUACUCCAGAGGGGCUCAGGGGAUCCUGUUGGUGUAUGACAUCGCAAACCGCUGGUCGUUUGAAGGCAUCGACCGCUGGAUACGAGAGAUUGACGAGCAUGCCCCGGGUGUACCUCGUAUCCUGGUCGGUAACCGGCUCCACCUGGCGUUCAAGCGUCAGGUUCCUACGGAGCAGGCCCGGGCGUACGCUGAGAAGAAUGGCAUGACCUUCUUCGAGGUCAGCCCGCUCUGCAACUUCAACGUCAUCGAGUCGUUCACAGAGCUGUCUCGCAUCGUACUGAUGAGGCACGGCAUGGAGAAGUUCUGGAAGCCCAACAGAGUCUUCACUCUCCAGGACCUGUGCUGCAGAGCGAUUGUCUCCUGCACGCCCGUCCACCUGAUUGACAAGCUGCCGUUGCCCGUGGCGAUAAAGUCCCACCUCAAGUCCUUCUCUAUGGCCAAUGGGAUGAACGCGGUGAUGAUGCACGGACGGUCCUAUUCGCUGGCCAACGCGGGGGGCGGGUCUAAAGGGAACAGUCUGAAGCGUUCUAAAUCCAUCAAACCCCCCCAGAGCCCCCCACAGAACUGCACACGCAACAACUGUAAAAUCUCCUAGUGAUAGACCCUGUCUGGGGGAGGGGGGAGACUGACCCCCUAAACACACUGAAACAGACCCCCUCCCUUCCACUGAGGGGACAGACAAGCUGAGGAGAAGAUGUGUGGAGAGAACCAAGUCUGAGACCUACCCUACACCCUGAAGGGAGGAGAUACUCUGAAACAGACCUAGCCCUUACCCCAUACCCUCACCCUGGGGGUGGUGAAACCUACUGGAGGAGGAGGGAGGUGUGUGUACACAGACUUGAGGAGACCCGAACAGACAUUUCUGGUCAACCCUCGUCCAUAGGAGGGGUUGUGCUGGAGUAGUAAUACACCCAGAAUAUUUCCAAAAUACAUCCACAUCCAGAAUACAUCCACACCCAGAAUACACCCACACCCAGAAUAC